UAUAAGUGCGAAAAGGUACUAGGUUGUUUGAUAACACACACUAUCUUCACGUCAUAAUGACAAAAGGUCCAAAAUAUCCUUAGGAACAUUACUGAAUGACUAAGGUGUCCUUCACAUUUUUUUUAGUCAAAACAUGAAACAUUUUCAAACAAAAAAUUGUUCAACCAUAUGCCCGCUGACAAUGUUCUCAACAAAGCUAAAACACAGCUAAACAAUGAAUCUAUGGAGCAACUCAGCAACGACAACAAUUCUUCCAGCAACUUGGUCGAGGUCCCGUUGACCGCUGGAUGUGAUCUUUCGUCCUUCCAGCAACGACACAAAAUUGAUGCAGAAGCAGAAUAAAUGAGUGAAGAUUAUAUCUAUCAAUCAGUCCCAACAACAGAAAAACACACGGUCUCCCAAUUAACAACUCAACAUGGAAAUUUAAUUCCUAAAUUUCGAAAAUUGAAUCCUAAUUUCGAAAAAAAGCUUCAAACUCUCAGCUCACUAAACCACUCUCGGCUUCAACCGAAGUAUUAGAAGCUUCAAACUACCAGCAACAUAAGCAACCCUCUCAAACCAAGCAACCUCGCUCAACUCUCUCUCUGGUCGGAAGUGUCCAAGAAAGAAAUUUCAGAAACCAAGCAGAAAUUGGCGACAUCGCUCAACUCUCUCUCGCUCAGAAACCAAGCAGAAGUUUUAGAAACCAAGCAAACUCGCUCAACUCUCUCUCUGGACGGGGGUGGCGACAUCGGCCAUGGCUUGAAAAGCUUGCAGAAAUCGACCGAAACCAAGCAGCCCUCUCAAACCAAGCAACCUCGCACCUCAAUUCCAGAAAUUAAAAAACUUGCAGGAGGCGGCUAGGGCUUGGGCGAGGGAAGGGGAUGGUGAGGGUGGGGAAGGAAGCGGCGAAUGCAAGAGGCAGCGGUGAAGAAUUGAAUUAAUUUGAGGUGAGGAAUUGGGGGCAAUUUUGCCCACGAGAAAUUAAACCAGAAUCACUGUAGCAUAUAGUUCCCGUAACCGAGGGUGACCCUCAGUUGUGUUUCCCUUAAUGAACAGUGAUUUUGGGUCGGGCCAAUGAUCUAAUACGGGCCUUCCACUUUAAUAAAUUUACUUAUCAAACACAAAAAUAAGCCUUAGAGUUUUAGCAUGACCUAUAAUGGGCAAAUAUGUCAAUAUAUAUAUCGUCUUAAUAUUUGAGUAAAGACUUUUGGAUGUAAAAUUUAUUCCAUAGGCCCUAACCAUGAAGUCAGUGAAGUCCAUUUGACGCCAUCACGACUUGCUUGCUUCCAUCUAAAGAAAAUCCGGCAUCUCUCUCAGGCUCACCACCACCGCCACCGCUGCGAUUCGGCUGAAAAACACCACCGCAAUGUCUUACAGUGACACGGUUCCGCUGCAUCCGAGCUCCCAAUCGGACAUCGACGAGAUCGAGAACCUCAUCCACUCCAACCCCUUACCCGUCCUCCCCGCUCGCCCCCCGUCUCCUCCACGCGCCUCCAUCCCCGUCUCCUCCGCUCCACCUCCUCCCCCUACCUUCAUCCCCUCCAAUCUCCCCCCUCCGACCGUCCCCAAGCCAACUCCCGUCCCUUCCACCGUUCCUAAACCCCCUCUUGCCCCGCCGAUUGGAUCCGCCAGCAGCAGCGCCGGAAUUGCGUCCUCGGGGUUCGGUUCGCCCCCCAAUACGCUCACGGAGCCUGUCUGGGAUACUAUUAAGAGGGAUUUAUCCAGGAUCGUGAGCAAUCUGAAGCUGGUUGUUUUCCCCAAUCCCUACAGGGAGGAUCCGGGGAAGGCAUUGAGGGAUUGGGAUCUCUGGGGACCCUUCUUCUUCAUUGUUUUCCUUGGCCUCACUCUCUCCUGGUCCGCUUCUGUUAAGAAGUCUGAAGUUUUUGCUGUUGCAUUUGCACUUCUCGCGGCUGGCGCUAUAAUUCUGACCUUGAAUGUGCUGCUACUGGGCGGUCACAUCAUCUUCUUUCAGAGCCUAAGUCUUCUCGGUUACUGUCUAUUCCCCCUGGAUGUGGGUGCCUUGAUUUGCAUGUUGAAGGACAACGUAAUAAUUAAAGUGGUGGUUGUCGUCGUCACAUUGGCAUGGAGCUCGUGGGCUGCAUAUCCGUUCAUGAGCAGCGCUGUUGGCCCGAGGAGGAAAGCCCUUGCACUUUAUCCCGUCUUACUCAUGUAUGUGUCGGUGGGUUUCCUCAUCAUCGCAAUCGACUGAUCAAUGGUGCUCUGCUCUGCUGUGCUGCUCAUAGUGACACUUACACUAACUGUACGGCGUUAGGUAUCAUUGAUUCCAAUUCAAGUUUUGGCUCUUCUGCGAUUUCCUUCAGAUUUCACUUAUUGUGGCUGUACGUAUUAUUCUUUUUAUGGUUUUGUUGGAAUCAUAUGUUUAUAUGCAUAUAUAAUCCGGAUGAGUUCUUUUCUGUUGCUUCUAUUUUUGAAUGGUGGAAUAUAUUUGUGAAAUGAAAUCCUAGUUUCUUGACUGUAA